AUGCCAGAUCAGAUUAAGUCAGACCAGACAAUGCCAGACCAGACAAUGCCAGACCAGACAAUGCCAGACCAGGCAAUGCCACACCAGACAAUGUCAGACCAGACAAUGUCAGACCAGGUAAUGGCAGACCAGACAAUGUCAGACCAGACAAUGUCAGACCAGACAAUGUCAGACCAGACAAUGCCAGACCAGGUAAUGGCAGACCAGACAAUGUCAGACCAGACUAUACCAGAUCAGACAAUGUCAGACCAGACUAUACCAGAUCAGACUGCCGCACCAGACUAUGCCAGACCAGACAAUGCCAGACCAGGCAAUGUCACACCAGACCAUGCCACACCAGAUCAAGUAAGACUAGUCCAUACCAGACCAGACCAUAUCCCAGCUGAGCAUGCCAUAUCAGACGGGACAAGACCAGACCAUGCCAGACUAUAUCACAGCACACCACGGCAGAUCACACCGACCCAGACCAGAAAACAGCAAAACACCUCGUGCCACAUUACAGCACAGCACAGCAGACAAUAA